CAGUGGCCACAGCUCUCUCUAUCUGCAGUUCAAUGCAUGACGUAUAACUGAAUGUGUCAAUGCAGAAAACCACAGAAACCACCAGAUACUACUAUUACUACCACUAUUACAGCUGCUGCCAUUGAGAAAAAAGUGCAGUCCUGUAUCAAAAAACAUGGGACAGAAAGAGCAGAGAGUAACCAGAGCUGGAGGAGCAGAGGAGGUUCGCUGAAGUUAGGACUCUGGUCCGUGAAAGAUCCAAGUAUGAAAGAGAUAACUGGAGCCGUGUUAUUUCUGCUUUCUGUAAUAGCAGUGAUCCAGACGGCUGGUCACUCUCUGGACGUGUGCUCCUCGUGUCACGCCAAUGCCACAUGUGAUGAUAAGCCAAACGGAUCGGGCAAAAUCUGUAACUGCAAGUACGGCUUUGUGGGCGACGGGCGUACAUUCUGUCAAGACAAAGAUGAAUGUCGGAUAGAUUUAAUGAAGAUUUGCGGGCAGCACACAACUUGCCACAACACGUAUGGGAGCUACUAUUGCACCUGUUUGUUUGGAUACAGGCCGUCCAACAACAUGGCCACCUUCAUCCCAAACGACGGGACCAACUGUCAGGAUAUAGACGAGUGCGAGAUUGAGGGAGUGUGUGGAGAGGGAACCGUGUGUAAGAACCUGGAGGGAGGUUUUGAAUGUUACUGUCAAAUGGGAUACAAAAUCCACGAGGGAGUAGUGCCAUUUCACCCACACAGAGACAAAGCUACAUGUAAAGUUGUUGACUGCGGAGCGCCUGUUUUACCUGUGGAUGCUGUGUUGGUCUCAGUCACUAAACACACUUUUGGAGGUGUGGCCUUGUUUGAAUGUGACCAGGGCUUCAUCUGGAGAAGAGGAGACAACUCUUCUGUUUGUGAGGCCAGCGGGCGGUGGACAGCGCCCUCUGUGGUCUGUGAAGAGGUGGACUGCGGCCUGCCCCCAGUCCGGCUUUACUCACAAAUGGUCUGGGACAGUCGUUCCAAGCUGGGAUCAGAAGUGCUUUAUCGCUGUGACUUUGGAUAUCGAAAUGUAGAAAGGAGGAGUGUGUUUUACUGUAAUGCUACUGGACAAUGGGACGUCCCACCUGUCUUCUGCCAAGAGAUUUUGUGUGGAAAUGUCCCUGUACUUAAUAACACAGUUCAUGUGUGGGAUGGCAAAAUGACUCUUGGAAACACUGUGGAAUAUUACUGUAAAUAUGGCUUUUAUGACAAUGGAGGUCGUAAUUCAUCAGUUUGUAAUGAAAAUGGUGAAUGGACAAAACCAACUCUGUCAUGUAGAGAGAUUUUGUGUGGGAAACCUCCUUUGCUGCCUCACACUGGCCAAAUGUGGAAUAGCAGUUCAACUCCAGGGAGCACUGUUGUCUAUUUUUGCAGUUCUGGAUUUCUUUACUUCAGUGGCAGUAAUUUAUCCAUUUGUACAAUUAAUGGUUAUUGGACCACGGCAACCAUCUUGUGUAAAGAAAUCAAUUGUGGACUGCCUUCCCCUGUUCUUAACUCAAAAAUAUUAUGGGAUGGGCACUCCACUUUUGGAUCUUCGGUUGUUUAUCAGUGUAACUUCGGUUAUCAAACCUUUGGGAAUAACAGUGUGUCUUUGUGUUUGGAAAAUGGUCAGUGGGAGAAACCAGCUGUUGUCUGCAAAGAAAUACAUUGUGGGAGCCCUGUGGACAAAGCCUUUGCUAAAACACUGUGGGAUGGCACGGCGCGUGUUGGGAGUGUCGUUUACUAUGAAUGCAAUGAAGGGUAUUACACCCACAGUCUGAAAAAUGUCUCUGUAUGUGAAGACAAUGGAGUUUGGGAGGACAUUGAACUAAUAUGUGAAGAGAUAAGUUGUGGCCUGCCUCUAACUGUCCCAAACACUAACCUCCAAUGGGACGGCUCCACUAACCUGGGCAGUGUGGUGUGGUACGAAUGCGCCUCAGGAUUUUACCCUGAGAGGGAAGUGUCUGCAUGUACAAAAACAGGACGAUGGGGACAAGUGUCUCUCAUCUGUAAAGCUAAAUGUGGCCCUGUACCUGCUCUGGUACAUUCGGAGGUGGUUUGGCACAACCGCAGUAUAGCGGUCCACAGAUGUGAGAGGGGUUAUCACAGCUGGAGUGGCACUUACAGCUCCAUAUGUGACAGCAGCAGCGGGGAGUGGAGGCAGGCCACCAUCACAUGCAUUGAGAGAAAGCCACCGAUCAACCAUUUACAUGUUCUGAAUGAGAGAUGCCUUCACUGGAAAGCAGAGAAGUACAAGGGCGCUACAGAAGAUUACAAGAUUAUAUUCACAGGAUUGAGAAAUUACCAGACAUCUUUUCUGGAUAAAAGAAGGCACAUGUUGAGCUCUAAAGCUGAUCGUGUGGAAGUCUGUCUGAACCUGCUCCCUGUUACAAACUACAGCAUCUCAAUUACAGCAAAGUCAGCUAAAUUCACUGCCACUGUCUUCACCAACACAAGUUUAACAGUGCCUCCAGCCCCUGUGGUCCGCUACAGAGAAUUUGAUACUCCUGUUCCAACGUUGACUUUUCAAAGAUCUCCUAGCACACUUGACCCCAUAAGUGUUUACCAAAUAUUUGUGCUUCCGGUAGAUGGUCUUAUGGUGUUUGACUGCUCCUCUCCUAAAUUAUCCACUGACCAAUACCACACACACUAUAUUACAGCUCAAAUCCAAGUGAAAGACGUUGGCACAGAGAUGUCAUUUACUGUGGGGGAUGGACGUUUUUACCAUGGGUUCUUGAAUGCACCCUUGGAGAACGGCAGGGAAUAUUACAUCAUCCUCCGAUCUGUUAGUGAGUGGAGAAAAGAGUGCAAAAGUUCAUGUGUUCUGUGGGCAAAAGUAAAAGGGUCCUCCUACGUUCUGACAGUGUCUUCUCUGUCUGCUGCUGCUGUGGUUGGACUGGCCGCUUUAGCCUUUUUAGGAGGAUACAGUUAUUUUGGGUUAUUCAAGAAACUAUGACCAGGGGAGUGGACAGGGUCGGAC